AUGCGCAUCCCUCGAGAAGACCUUGACAAUACAAUGCCUAUUCGUGUCAGCAACAUUGAAAAUGGUCAAACAGUGCACCAAAGAUUGUUGCUCGUCAACGGUCGCACUAGCAAGAGCAAUCAGUUCGAAAGGUGCAUGACCGUGUCCUCAUCCGAUUACCCUACCACAUUCUGGCCAUGUGUCGAUACCCACUUUAAGGUCCUUGUUCAUCUCGUUCCAGGAAGGAAUACGGUGACAUUGGCUCUUGAAGACGAUCCAUCGAGCGCGACCCAGUUGAUUGUCAACUACAUUCCUUUGUUGCAGAAUCCACCUCUUCAUUUGUGCAUAUUCAUUGCAAGAGACUCGCCAUGCAAGUUUGAUGUGCCACCGGAGAAGCGAGGACAAGAUACGUUGGAUGUAGCGGUGGAGAAGAUGCGAGUGGCAGGAUAUAUGUGGCAGGCAUUUUGUGCUGAACAAAUGCAAAGAAAUGGCCUUGGGUGGCGUACCUUUCGACUGGAUGAAGCCUGGUUACCAGAUACGCUCUCGUUUCAAGAUGGCAAACGACAACGACACACUGCUCAAGUGCACAUUGUCAGGAGCAAGUACAGCGUGGCAGAGAUCCGUGAUCCUCGACGAGCACAACAAAACCCAAAUAGGAACGACAAUGUACCCAGUCUUCAUGCCAUGUUUAUGGAAGAUAUUCAACGCCAUUCGUUAUUCAAGCAUCCUUGUAUCGUAGCAGGUCUCAUUUUGGAUACACAUUGGGAUGGCAAGCUGGUCUUGGGUCAUGCUGCAUUAGGUGGUGGAUCAGGUGAACAUAGUCUAGGCAUAUUUGGAUCCCAUUCGCUCCAUAGUUGGCCAAGAAACCUCGAGGAGAUCCCACUUUGCAUGAUGGAUAAUACACCCACCGAUACAAGAUAUGUGGCCAAUGACGCAAAUGAAUCGGGAGAAUGGUGGAGGGCACUUAACAUUGGUAUGGGAGCCAUGUUGCAUGAAGCAGGACACGCUCUUUGGCUUACACAUACGCCACAUGGAAUCAUGAGCCGAGGGUACAACAAUUGGAAUCGUACAUUUAUGGCCAAAGAGCCACCUGGUGGUUUUGCUAUUGAUCCAUCCAAUGAAGGAGGUUCCAAAUGGCAUCGUCUCGAUAUUGCACGGCUUCGUUACAAUCCAGCAUUCCGAUUACCAUCGGAUCGACCUCAAGGGCCUGAAUCGGAUGAUGGUAGUGCACCACUCAUUAUGCCACUCAAUCAGCACACUUUGCACGUAUCAGCGCCCAAAUGUGGUUUAGCCGUGAUCGAGCUCAAUGUCAAUGAUCGAUAUCGCACACACCUUGAGUUUCUUGACACGCCAUCUUGUGAAUUAUCUCUCAAUGUUCAUCAUCUUAAGCAACAAGCUGGAUGCAGUGGAAAUGAACGAUUGACGAUGCAAGCAGUGGCUGCCAACCUUCGAUCUUCUGAUUGCAUUGAUAUUGAUCAAUUUAUGCGUGAACAUGUGGUUCAUUUUCCAGCCGAGUUUCCUUCCGUUCCAGUUCUCAAGAGUGAUGGCUACGGGCAUGGUGGAUUGGGUGCCUCGCUAAAAUCCUCUGUGCUAUUCCCACCCCAUCAACGAAAAAGAGGCAGGAUCACAUGUAUUCGUGUUCAUCAUGGGUCAUUCUUGGAUGGACUUGUAUUUCGAUGGGAUGAUGGCACUGAAGAUGUACUUGGUAAACGUGGUGGUGGAUCUACCGACUUUCCCCUUUAUCCCGAUGAAAUGGUGGUAGGAUUCAAUAUUCGUAGCGGUGCAUGGGUGGAUGGUAUACAGCUCUUGACUAGCAAAGGUCGAACAAGUCCAUGGUUUGGUGGACGAGGUGGAUCACUUUAUUUUGUACAGCCUCCUGUUGGAUAUAGACUUGCAGGCAUGUAUAGUACAGCAGGUCAAUGGAUGGAUAGCAUAGGCAUUUAUUAUGUUCACCAAUAA